AGAGAGAAAGAGAGAGGGACAGGGAGAGGGAGAGAGUGAGCAGAGGAGAGGAGAGAGAGAAAGCGAGGAUCGCGAUGAACGGAUAGAUAUCGUGCAACAUCACAUCAGUCGCGCAUCUUCCGAGCGGGAGAAAGGGGUGCGAUACUACCCCCUUCUCGCACGGCACGCAUAAUCGUCGAGAGAAGAGUAGCAGAUCGAGAGUGGACUACUAGUCGUGCUGUGACGGAAGUUAGGCGCUCUCGACGGUAUGUCCGUGAUGAGUUGCAACACGAGAUAAAGGUGGGAUCGAAGGAACGAGCAUCUUAUCUUGAAGAAAGCGGAAGACGGAAAUAUGGGAAAAGGGGACAAGAGAGGCGUUACACAGCGCAGUGAUGGUGCUAGCACCAAUCUCGUAGGCAAGUUCACGCAGAGCGUGCGGAGAAUCGUCCAGGACGUAAAAGACGAGGGCACGUCUAGUGGACAAACGAAGGAGGAAGUGAUCGAGACGAACGAGAGGCUGAGAGUUGUAAGGAUACGUUUGGAUGGCAGCUACGACACCGCCAAGAGGGCCCUCGUCGAACUGAUGUGCAAGUACACCGACAGUAAGCAAGUGCGCAACGUGUUCCAGCGUUAUAACCUCCUGAAAAAUAUGAUCAAGGACGUAAUUAAGCUGGAGACGCAAUAUUGGACGCUGGUGGAUAUACCGAGACAAGAGAAGCAGGAGACCGUGCCCGCUUUCGUGCUGCGUGCUUGUUCCAUCAUGGAGAAGACCCACAAAAGCGGCGAAGGCGUGAAAACUUCGGCGCGUCUUGCCGAGGAGGCCGAGACUAAGAGAGAGCGCAUCGAAAGACUCGAGAAUAUGACGACGGCGCAAAUUGAAGCUGAGAAUACCCAGAUGACCAAUGAUCUGUACAGAUUGCUGAAGAAAUACACGGGUCUUAGGAAUCUCAUCAAAGUGUUGAAAGAGGAGUACAACGGUUCAAAGUUGUAUCCGAUGUUCCCACGUUACACAAUACUGAAGGACAUGAUAAAGGAUAUAAUGCACAACCCAGACUAUAUGGAAGUCUGUCACGAGGUGGACCAAGCAUAGCGGCCAGACCCCCUCCACCGUUCGCCACGUAUGACUCUGUAAAUUCUUCGGAGUUGCCGUAUGGUCGUCGGUGAAGGGGGUGAACCACAGAACGCUUCAGUUUCGACUGAUGAUUUUAUUUUUGGACAGAGCAAUUUCUGUGAUCUUGUGUUUUAUCCUUUACAUUCGCGAAAAAUUUCCAUUCCCUUACUCAUACCUUGACAAGCCAUUCGUCAGUAAUCGUCAUCUUUGUUCAUUCAAAUCUUGGGGCAAAUCUGAAACAAAUUGCGUCACGCUUUUAUGAGUCGUACACAAUUUCUCGCAGGUAAGUUAGACCGACUCCUCUUCGUGCGUGUUUUGUGAAGUUUCGACAAGAAAUGGGAAAGAUGACAAGGGGUUGAAUAUCGCACUGAAGUACGUCAUCGAAUGUCGUGGAGCAGCAAUGAGCACCUCGACGUGCUAUAAGAGCACCACAUGAAGAUGAAAUAGUCGUGGAGUUAAGGUAGGUCAUAAGGUCGUUCUCAUAUAUCCAUAAGAAUGCUGCUACUUACUUUAAUCACAUCGCAAGAAAGAAAUAAAUCUACGGAAAAUAAGCUUUAUUCAUCGCUUAAUAAAGAUAAAAAUAUUAUUUUA